AUGCAGCUUUUGUCACUACAUCCAGAUAAAACAUUAGGACGCAGCACCAAUGAGUCCACAAUAAUAGGACACCUUAAAGAAGCAUAUAGUAUUCUUCUGGACCAGCAAUUACGUAAUGAAUAUGAUAGGCACCUUUUGGAGAAAGCUAAGAAGCAGGGGAUGAAUGCUGAUGGAGUUGGGUUGGAUCAAUACUCAUUGGAUGAAUUUACAGCAGACGAAAUUAAAGGUAUAUGGUCAAUGGCAUGUCCUAGAUGUGAAUCCGAAGGAGGAAUGGAAUUGAAUGAAGGGGAUUUAGAAAAUGGUACAACUGAUGGAGAAUUUGGGUUACAACUUGCUCUUCAGUGUCAAAGCUGCAGUUUAUGGAUAAAGGUGAAGUAUUACAUGGGAGAUGAUGAAGAAGAGGAAUAA